AUGAGCCACGACGCUGAGACCAGCAGUGCAGCAUCCCUCAUGAUGCUGAGGCAGCGUGGGACGCCCCCACUCAGCACCACUGGUCCUGCUGCCGUGGUGCACCUCACCUGCGGCAGCUGCCUCUACUUCCUCCUGUGUCAAGGGUGGCACAGUAUACUUCCUCCUGUGUCAAGGGUGGCACAGUGUACUUCCUCCUGUGUCAAGGGUGGCACAGUCUACUUCCUCCUGUGUCAAGGGUGGCACAGUCUACUUCCUCCUGUGUCAAGGGUGGCACAGUGUACUUCCUCCUGUGUCAAGGGUGGCACAGUGUACUUCCUCCUGUGUCAAGGGUGGCACAGUGUACUUCCUCCUGUGUCAAGGGUGGCACAGUGUACUUCCUCCUGUGUCAAGGGUGGCACAGUGUACUUCCUCCUGUGUCAAGGGUGGCACAGUCUACUUCCUCCUGUGUCAAGGGUGGCACAGUGUACUUCCUCCUGUGUCAAGGGUGGCACAGUGUACUUCCUCCUGUGUCAAGGGUGGCACAGUGUACUUCCUCCUGUGUCAAGGGUGGCACAGUCUACUUCCUCCUGUGUCAAGGGUGGCACAGUGUACUUCCUCCUGUGUCAAGGGUGGCACAGUCUACUUCCUCCUGUGUCAAGGGUGGCACAGUGUACUUCCUCCUGUGUCAAGGGUGGCACAGUCUACUUCCUCCUGUGUCAAGGGUGGCACAGUGUACUUCCUCCUGUGUCAAGGGUGGCACAGUCUACUUCCUCCUGUGUCAAGGGUGGCACAGUGUACUUCCUCCUGUGUCAAGGGUGGCACAGUGUACUUCCUCCUGUGUCAAGGGUGGCACAGUUACUUCCUCCUGUGUCAAGGGUGGCACAGUGUACUUCCUCCUGUGUCAAGGGUGGCACAGUCUACUUCCUCCUGUGUCAAGGGUGGCACAGUGUACUUCCUCCUGUGUCAAGGGUGGCACAGUCUACUCCUCACAGUCUUCUGUGUCAAGGGUGGCACAGUGUACUUCCUCCUGUGUCAAGGGUGGCACAGUCUACUUCCUCCUGUGUCAAGGGUGGCACAGUGUUCUUCCUCCUGUGUCAAGGGUGGCACAGUCUACUUCCUCCUGUGUCAAGGAUGGCACAGUGUUCUUCCUCCUGUGUCAAGGGUGGCACAGUGUUCUUCCUCCUGUGUCAAGGGUAG